AUGGCUUUCAAACGUGUAGAGCAGCGGCUACAGACGGACCUCCGCGCCCUGGGUUCCGGGACUUCCCCAGGCCACUGGGGCCUACCCCGCGGGCGCCUCCUCCCGGCCCGCGACACGGCCACGUCCGAACUAGCCGCUGUGAAGAUAGUCAAGCUAGACCCAGUGCCGACACCCCAAUGUGGUGGCCUAUAUUGGCAGCUACCUCAGGUGAGGCUGCUCUCUCCUCAUGUCCCCCAGACAGCAGCCCCGGUGUGGCUCUGCCAUGUGCCCACCCCAGCUCUGUGUCCCCCCAGAAAUGACCGCUUGUGGAUCUGCAUGGAGUUCUGUGGAGGAGGGUCCUUGCAGGAGAUUUACCAUGCCACUGGGCCCCUGGAGGAACGACAGAUUGCCUAUGUCUGCCGAGAGGCUCUAAAGGGGUUGCACCACCUGCAUUCUCAGGGCAAGAUCCACAGAGACAUUAAGGGAGCCAACCUUCUGCUCACCCUCCAGGGAGAUGUCAAGUUGGCCGACUUUGGGGUGUCAGGAGAGCUGACGACAUCUGUGGCUAAGAGGAAGUCUUUCAUUGGGACUCCCUACUGGAUGGCCCCGGAGGUGGCCGCUGUGGAACGCAAAGGCGGCUACAAUGAGUUGUGUGACGUCUGGGCCCUGGGUAUCACUGCCAUCGAGCUGGGCGAGCUGCAGCCCCCGCUAUUCCACCUGCACCCCAUGAGGGCCCUGAUGCUCAUGUCCAAGAGCAGCUUCCAGCCACCCAAGCUGAGAGACAAGACUCGCUGGACCCAGAAUUUCCACCAUUUCCUCAAGCUGGCACUGACCAAGAACCCCAAGAAGAGGCCAACAGCAGACAGACUUCUGCAGCACCCAUUCACAACUCAGCAGCUCCCACGUGCCCUCCUCACUCAAUUGUUGGACAAAGCCAAUGACCCCCACCUUGGGGCCCCGUCCCCUGAGGACUGUGAACUAGAGACUUAUGACAUGUUUCCGGAUACCAUUCACUCUCGGGGGCAGCAUGGCCCAGCUGAGAGGACCCCCUCGGAGAUCCAGUUUCACCAGGUGAAAUUUGGCGCCCCUCGCAGGAAGGAAACAGACCCUCUAAAUGAGCCGUGGGAGGAGGCGUGGACACUGCUGGAGAAGGAGGAGCUAAGUGGGAGCUUGCUGCAGUCGGUCCAGGAGGCCCUGGAGGAGAGGAGCCUGACCAUCAGAUCAGCUUUGGAAGUCCAGGCUCUGGGCUCCCCAGAUGAAGCCAUGGGAACCAUCAAGCGUGCCCCCUUCUUGGGGGCACCCCGCCCUGAGCCUCCAGCCGAGUCCCCUCUCUCCAGCUCUCCAGGAACCUCAUCCUCCCCUCUCCCAGGCCCUGACAGCUCCCCACUGCUUCCCACUACCUGGGCCACCAUGAAACACCGGGCAGAUCUUGAGACAUCAUCCUGCCAUGGGCUCCCCCCGACCCCCAAGGUGCACAUGGGCGCCUGCUUCUCCAAGGUCUUCAAUGGCUGUCCCUUGCGAAUCCACACUGCUGUCACCUGGAUUCACCCUGUCACCCGAGACCAGUUUCUGGUGGUGGGGGCUGAAGAAGGUAUCUACACCCUCAACCUGCACGAAUUGCAUGAGGACACCCUGGAGAAGCUGACCUCGCAGCGGUGCUCCUGGCUAUACUGCAUGAACAAUGUGCUGCUCUCACUGUCAGGGAAAUCCACGUACAUCUGGGCCCACGACCUCCCGGGCCUGUUUGAGCAGCGGCAGUUACAACAGCAGGUCCCCCUCUCCAUCCCCACCAACCGCCUCACCCAGCGCAUCAUUCCCAGGCGCUUUGCUUUGUCCACCAAGAUCCCUGACACCAAAGGCUGUCUACAGUGUCGAGUGGUGCGGAACCCCUACACGGGCAGCACCUUUCUGCUAGCCGCUUUGCCCUCCAGCCUUCUCCUGCUACAGUGGUACCAGCCGCUGCAGAAAUUCCUGUUGUUGAAGAGCUUCUCCAGCCCCUUGCCCAGCCCUGCAGGGAUGUUGGAACCUCUGGUGCUGGACGGGAAGGAGCUGCCACAGGUGUGUGUGGGGGCUGAGGGGCCUGAGGGGCCCGGCUGCCGUGUCCUGUUCCACAUCCUGCCCCUAGAAACCGGCCUGACUCCUGACAUCCUCAUCCCGCCCGAGGGAAUCCCAGGCUCUGCUCAGCAGGUCAUCCAGGUGGACAGGGAUACAGUCUUGGUCAGCUUUGAACGCUGCGUGAGGAUUGUUAACCUGCAGGGUGAGUCCACAGCCACACUGGCACCUGAGCUGACCUUUGACUUCCCCAUCGAGACUGUGGUGUGUCUGCAGGACAGCGUGCUGGCCUUCUGGAGCCACGGGAUGCAAGGUCGCAGCCUGGACACCAACGAGGUGACCCAGGAGAUCACAGACGAGACGAGGAUAUUCCGAGUGCUUGGAGCCCACAGAGACAUCAUCCUCCAGAGCAUCCCCACCGACAACCCAGCUGCUCACAGCAACCUCUACAUUCUCACAGGCCAUCAAAGCAGCUACUGA